CACCUUGUUACCCACCCUCCUCUUCACCUUCCUCUCGGGUUUCGCGCUAUAGCGAUUUUAGCGCCUGAAAUAACGCAAUGAGUUCAUCCGCUAUAGAUACAAGAGAAACUUCUCGGCCAGACCCUAGCCGCUCGAUAUUUCAAAGACGGAGGGUUCACCCGCAGGACCCCAUAGUCCGAGGUGUAGAUACAGAGAUAAACAUUCAGCGAAUCGCGUACGACAUUGUCGCCCUAAACGUUUAUACUUUGAGAGCCUUACAAGAUGGUUGGUUCCAAGCACCUCAGGUUGUUAAUAGGAGCAGAUACGAGAAGUUUGAAGAAAUAAUGGGCGCUGAAGCGCAACACCACGUCGACAUGGCCAAUGAGCAAUCUGAACACGAGUUCAAUGCCUACAUCAUGGAAUUCGUCCAAAAUCUAAGUCAUUUAGAGCUGAUGAGGCUUAUAACGGACCCAAGGCCUAAUGAUUACUACUCAGAUGUCAUCUCCGUGUGUCUAAAGAGAUUCCAUGCAGCCGUCGCGCAUGCUACAAUAGCUUCCAGGCAAGAAAAUAUGGACAUCCCAGCGAAGUAUGACUUCUGCGAGACGUAUCAAGAGUAUAUCGAAUAUACAGUCGUCCACCGAACAGAAACCCGACAACAACUUGCAAUAACGUUAAGACGGACCGGGUCGCUUCUUGACUCAAUUCGCAUACCUGUCAACGGUAGGAGCCUCCCUGACACAUAUUUGCUUCAACUCAGAGAUAAGUUGGUGGCUUUACAAGGACACUACCCAGAUGCAUGCUUUGCUUUGUUUGAAACCUAUCGAGAUCUUUUUGAUAUGUCUGCUGAGCGCUGGUGGGAAUCUGCCUCUGCGAUAGCAACAAAAAAAUCAACGAGCAGUACUAAAAUGGAGGCUCCAGAAACGCUGGCAACUGUACAAGCAACUCUUCAGUUUGGCGUGCCCACUUCUUGCCUACUAUGCUGCAUUCCAAUCGGCCUCGCGUAUUUUUACAGCGUGUCUGAACCUGGUACGAUUACAGAUUCGGACUUUUGGCAGUUAGUAGCAGGUUCGGGUAUGCAGACUCUCUCUCUAGCAACCAUGAUUUGGCCAGCUAUGGUAUCCACCAAAGUCCUUGAUCUCUCUCGCACCUAUAUCUGGUUUCUCGCAACCACAAGCGCGAUUUCAGUGCCCGCCAGCAUUCUAUUGUACUUGUUCCUUUCUAUCCGCUGGAGUAUUAUUAUUUCUUUUGGCGGGAAUAUUGCACAGGCUCUAAUUCUACUUCAAUUCAUAAACGCUUAAGGCAGAAGAGCUAAACAGACAUGAUCCUUUUUGCGAAUCUAAAGGCUGUAUAUGAAGCACGGACAGCGAUUUGACUCCAGUAAUUUCAGUUGUGACUGAUUUGGUUAGGUCAUAGUCCGAAUACAUUUUUUUAUGUCAAAA